AGAAACAUGCUGAGGUCCCGGCGGCUCUUCCAGCAGCGGCAGCGGCUCCAGCAGCAGCGGCGGCGGCGGCGGCGGAGACAGCGCUCGGCUCCGGCGGAGGAGGCGCCCGGCGUCCAUGCCUCCGGCCCCGGGCCGCGGCUGCCCUGACCCGGCCUCGACCACCCCGCACGGGCCCCGCAGUCCCGGCUCCCGGGGUGCUCCCCGGCCGCGGCCCGGCCCCGCCACACCCCCCGCCCCCGGCCUCCGCAGCUCGGCAUGGGCGCGGGGGCGCUCGCCCUGGGCGCCUCCGAACCCUGCAACCUGUCGUCGGCCGCGCCGCUGCCCGACGGCGCGGCCACCGCGGCGCGGCUGCUGGUGCUCGGGUCGCCGCCCGCCUCGCCGCUGCCGCCGGCCGACGAGGACUCGGCGCCCCUGUCGCAGCAGUGGACCGCGGGCAUGGGCCUGCUGCUGGCCUCCAUCGUGCUGCUCAUCGUGCUGGGCAACGUGCUGGUAAUCGUGGCCAUCGCCAAGACCCCGCGGCUGCAGACGCUCACCAACCUCUUCAUCAUGUCCCUAGCCAGCGCCGACCUGGUCAUGGGGCUGCUGGUGGUGCCCUUCGGGGCCACCAUCGUAGUGUGGGGCCGCUGGGAGUACGGCUCCUUCUUCUGCGAGCUCUGGACCUCGGUGGACGUGCUGUGCGUGACGGCCAGCAUCGAGACCCUGUGUGUCAUCGCCCUGGACCGCUACCUCGCCAUCACGUCUCCCUUUCGCUACCAGAGCCUGCUGACGCGCGCGCGCGCGCGGGCCCUCGUGUGCACCGUGUGGGCCAUCUCGGCCCUGGUGUCCUUCCUGCCCAUCCUCAUGCACUGGUGGCGGGCCGAGAACGACGAGGCGCGCCGCUGCUACAACGACCCCAAGUGCUGCGACUUCGUCACCAACCGGGCCUACGCCAUCGCCUCGUCCGUCGUCUCCUUCUACGUGCCCCUGUGCAUCAUGGCCUUCGUGUACCUGCGCGUGUUCCGCGAGGCCCAGAAGCAGGUGAAGAAGAUCGACAGCUGCGAGCGCCGCUUCCUCGGCGGCCCCGCCCGGCCGCCCUCGCCCGCGCCGUCGCCGGGGCCACCGCGCCCCGCGGACCCGCUGGCCAACGGGCGCUCCAGCAAGCGGCGGCCGUCGCGCCUCGUGGCCCUGCGCGAGCAGAAGGCGCUCAAGACGCUGGGCAUCAUCAUGGGCGUGUUCACGCUGUGCUGGCUGCCCUUCUUCCUGGCCAACGUGGUGAAGGCCUUCCACCGCGACCUGGUGCCCGACCGCCUCUUCGUCUUCUUCAACUGGCUGGGCUACGCCAACUCGGCCUUCAACCCCAUCAUCUACUGCCGCAGCCCCGACUUCCGCAGGGCCUUCCAGCGCCUGCUGUGCUGCGCGCGCCGGGCCGCCCGCCGCCGCCGCGCCGCCCGCGGGGACCGGCCCCGCGCCUCGGGCUGCCUGGCGGGGGCCGGGCCGCCGCCGUCCCCCGGCGCGCCCUCGGACGACGACGGCGACGACGAGGCCACGCCGCCCGCGCGCCUGCUGGAGCCCUGGGCGGGCUGCAACGGCGGGGCGCCGGCCGCGGACAGCGACUCGAGCCUGGACGAGCCGGGGCGCCGGGGCUUCUCCUCCGAGUCCAAGGUGUAGCGGGCCAGGCUGCCCGGCCCCGAGGCCCGGACGCGGGUCCCCCGAGCGGGAGAGUCCCCGCCGGGGCGCCCCGGGCAGGGGGCAUCUGUUUACUCCAGACCCACGGCAGGCGAACCCACACACCCUUUCAGUCGGAGGGCCCCGGACCCUCCGCUGCGCGGAAAGGAAAGUUUGGGAGCAGCUGGCGAGAGCGGCUUUCGGAUUUUGUCUUGGGUUCCUUUCUCUCGGCGGUUUGGCCGUCUGUGUGUAUUCCUAACCCACCUUUAGGCAUUUCCCCCCCAGGUGGGUUUUGACAUUUUCUGCCAGGACCCGAGUGGCAGGGAGGAGGGGGUGAACGGAGCCUGUCACCUGGCCUUCCGGUACCACACCUAGGAACCGAAGCAGGCAGCUCCGGUUUGGGGUAGGGGUGGGGGCGGCGAUAAUUGGCCAGAAAGCGUUUCCUUUUGCUUUCUAAAGAAAUCGCAUAUUAAUUCCGGAGCCCUGAUGUCUCCUGUUCUUAAAGCAAAGGGAAAAGAUGGAUGCGAAGCAGACACAAAAUCUGCUUUCGAGAACCUUUCAACUCUCGCUCUCUUCCGGAGGGCAGACCCCGUCCCCUGCCUCGGUGUCCUGCUAAGGCUUCUCUACCUCACGCUGUGCGCACUGCACAGCAAGCCUGAAAGACUUGUUUAUAUUAAACAGCUUAUUUAUGUAUCAAUAUUAGCUGGAAGGACCAGGCGCUGAGUCUCUCUGUGUGACUCUGUCAGCUGAAGAUAGGACAGGGGGGGAAAAAAAAAGAAAGAGAGGAAACAGUUGAGAUUAUUAUUGCACAUGUGGCUAAAAACAAAGGCGAUAAAAAGGCAGUGGCUGAAAAUGCCGCUUUGCACAGUGUUAGGCAUUGUAAAGUCCAUAGAAGUUGUUAACUUGCACAAAAAAUUAAAUAUUUUUAAUGGGACGGGGAGGUGGGCAGAUCCUAAAAACCUAAAAUAAAAUUCAAACUCAGUUUCUCUUGUCUAAAUGUUAUUGAGGUAAUGAUUUAUUGAAAUAUUACUUUUUAUACUCUUAUCAUGGUACUGUAACUGUAUCCAUAUUAUAAAUAUUAUUAUCUUACAUAUUUUUAUUAUUUUUUAUGUCCAAGUGCCCACGUGAAUCUGCUGGUAAAAUUUAGCACUCAUGUGUAUAUUCUAUUUCCUCUUGUGUGUGUGACCAAGUAUUUAUACUCUGGUGCAACUAGCUACUGUGUGAGGAAUUGGUCAGUGUGCAAUAAAACACCCGUGCCACACAA